GAGUUAAUGAGAAUGUAUGAGGGUGAGAGAGCGUUGAGAAGAGCAAAGCGCGAACGAGAGAUUUGUUCAUUUGUAGCCGUUCCCUUCGAUUGUCGCCUACAGACGUCGAUUGAUAAACGUUUGCAUCUGAAACGAGAAGACAGCGGAGUAUGUCUACCAACACAGAGGGAGAAAAGUAAUCCAUAUUGCGCGCUAUUCGUACAAGGGUGUCAGUCAAUGUGUGGUGGGCCACUCCAAGGCAGACACACUCCUCCAAUGUGUCCUUGUCCAGUCCUUGUGUGAUCUGAUCUGGGACCAGUGGGAUAAAUGAGUGGCCUGGCUGAGGAUCGCAGCGUUGGCACACACCACAAAGCCUACACAGUAGGAUGUCGUGGGUCCGAGGCUUCUUCGUAGUCAAAGUGGACGAACGAAAGACCGCGUGGGGGGAGCGCAAUGGCAGAAAGUCCAACAAGCGGAAGAACGGUUGCUCAGGGUCAUCUCUCUGCAAGCCCCGCUGCAUGAGCUGCCUGCAGGACGCUGAGGACCUGGAUCCCACCCCUCCCACCCCCCAGCACUACCACCGUGGAGGAGGGGGGUCCGGUCCCAGCGGAGGGGGUAACUUUGGGAUGCGCUGUGGCUGGCAAGAGGACCACUAUGGGAAACGGACCGGGGCGGCGGGAGACCUGGGGUUGAAGGCCGUGGAUCUGGGGUUUGAUGACGGAGACCUGACAGGGAGGAAAGGUCCAGGGGAGGAGGAUUUGGGGGAAGGAACGGGGGAGGACGGAGGAACAUGCAAUGCCUUCACAGCCGCGGAGUGCUGGAUGCGCGUCGUACGAGUGUUCCAGUCGAAGAAGUUCACGUCGGCGAAACUGGAACGUCUGUACCAGCGCUACUUCUUCAGGCUCAACCAGAGCUCUCUGACUAUGCUGAUGGGUGUCCUUGUCAUAGUCUGCGGCGUCAUGCUAGCCUUCCACUGUGUCCACGCUCCACCCGACGUAGCCUACGCCUCGGUUCUCUCCGUGGCCAUGGCCCUCUUCCUGUCCAUGAUGGUGGUGUGUAACAGGAACGGCUUCCACCAGGACUACAUGUGGAUUGUCAGCUACUUGGUGAUCGGGGUGCUGCUGGUGGUCCAGGUGUUUGGGGUGUUGAUGGUUGCCCCCCGAAGCGCCUCUGAGGGGAUCUGGUGGUCUGUGUUCUUUAUAUACAUAAUCUAUACGCUGUUGCCAGUGAGGAUGAGAGCUGCAGUGCUGAGUGGAGGGGUACUGUCUACCAUACACCUCAUCACCGCAUGGCAACUCAACCAGGACGAUGUUUUCCUAUGGAAACAGCUGAGUGCCAACGUGUUGAUCUUCCUGUGCACCAACAUGAUAGGUAUCUGUACCCACUACCCCGCUGAGGUAUCGCAGAGACAGGCCUUUCAGGAGACCAGGGGGUACAUCCAGGCCCGGCUCUACCUACAGAGAGAGAAUCAGCAACAGGAGCGCCUGUUGCUGUCGGUGCUGCCGAGGCACGUUGCCAUGGAGAUGAAGGCAGAUAUCAACGCCAAGAAGGAAGAUAUGAUGUUCCACAAGAUCUACAUCCAGAAACAUGACAACGUCAGUAUACUGUUUGCAGACAUCGAAGGAUUCACCAGCCUGGCAUCACAAUGCACCGCACAAGAGUUGGUCAUGACACUGAAUGAACUUUUCGCUCGCUUCGACAAACUAGCUUCGGAGAACCACUGUCUGAGGAUCAAGAUCCUUGGAGACUGCUACUACUGUGUGUCUGGUCUGCCUGAACCCAGGGCCGACCAUGCACACUGCUGUGUGGAGAUGGGAGUGGACAUGAUAGAGGCCAUCUCGCUAGUGAGAGAGGUCACAGGGGUCAAUGUGAACAUGCGUGUGGGUAUCCAUAGCGGCCGGGUCCACUGUGGAGUGCUGGGACUCAGGAAGUGGCAGUUUGACGUAUGGUCCAACGAUGUCACUCUAGCCAAUCACAUGGAGGCAGGGGGUGCGGCAGGGCGUAUCCACAUCACCAAGGCCACCCUACAGUACCUGAAUGGGGACUAUGAGGUGGAGCCGGGGUUCGGAGGGGACAGGAACGCCUAUCUGAAGGAGAACAACAUCGAGACGUUCCUGGUGCUGGGUUGCAGCCAGAAAAGGAAAGAGGAGAAGGCAGCGAUGGCCAAGAGUGCCAUGAUGCAGCGGGUACGUGCCAACUCCACCGAGGGCCUGAUGCCACGCUGGGUACCCGACACAAGGUUCUCCAGGACCAAGGACUCCAAGGUCUUCAGGCAGAUGGGUAUCGAUGAAACAUCCAGACAAGACAACCGCUGUGCCCAAGAGGCCCUGAACCCUGAGGAUGAGGUGGAUGAGUUUCUGGGCCGAGCCAUUGACGCCCGCAGCAUAGACCAACUCCGUAAAGACCACGUCAAGAAGUUCCUCCUCACCUUCCAGACUAAAGACCUGGAGAAGAAGUACUCUAAGAAGGUGGAUGAUCGUUUUGGAGGCUACGUGGCCUGUGGUCUGUUAGUCUUCUGCUUCAUUUGUUUCAUCCAGAUCAUCAUUUUCCCCCACACUCCCCUCAUGCUGGGUCUUUACAUCAGCAUCUUCGUCAUCCUCGUCAACAUCCUCUUCAUCUGUGCCAUCUACUCCUGCAUCAAGCUCUUCCCGGCUGCAUUGCAGACGCUGACUAAGAAGAUCGUCCAGUCUCGUACCAAUAGUACCCUGGUGGGGGUCCUCACCAUCAUACUCCUCUUCAUGUCUGCCUUCGUGAACAUGUUCACCUGUGACAGAGAGGGCCUGGUGGACUGUGUGGUGCGUGAGCGUAACCUGUCCUCCAGUUUGGUGACUCUGUGUCUACUACACAACCUGACACAGUCGGCACAGGACGGACUGACCCUGUGCCCCAGCCAGCCCAUGCCAUGCCACUUCCCUGAGUAUUUCUGCUACAGUGUUCUCCUGACCCUGCUGGCCUGCAGUGUGUUCCUCCACAUCAGCAGUAUAGGCAAGCUGGCCCUUAUGGUGCUGAUCCAGGUCACCUUCCUGCUGCUGGUGGAGUGGCCCCAGGUGGCCCUGUUCGACAACGCGGACCUGCUGCUCACCGCCAACACCCUCUCUUUCACACCUUUGAAUGACUCUCUAGAUUGGUUUCCUAGUUUCAAUGAAACAGUUACAGAGAUGUGCCAGGAGAGUGUGACCAAGGUGUCUCUAAAGGUCAUGACCCCUGUCAUCCUGACGGUGUUCGUCCUGGCUCUGUACCUACACGCUCAGCAGGUUGAGUCCACUGCACGCCUCGACUUCCUGUGGAAGCUGCAGGCUACAGAGGAGAAAGAGGAGAUGGAGGAGCUUCAGGCCUACAACCGCCGCCUCCUCCACAACAUCCUGCCUAAAGACGUGGCCGCACACUUCCUGGCGCGGGAGCGGCGUAACGACGAGCUCUACUACCAGUCCUGUGAGUGUGUGGCCGUCAUGUUCGCCUCCAUCUCCAACUUCUCUGAGUUCUACGUGGAGCUGGAGGCCAACAACGAGGGAGUGGAGUGUCUCAGGCUACUUAACGAGAUCAUCGCCGACUUUGACGAGAUCAUCAGUGAGGACAACUUCCGUCAACUGGAAAAGAUAAAGACCAUCGGUAGUACCUACAUGGCUGCCUCUGGCCUCAACGACUCUACCUACGACCGUGAGGGACGAUCACACAUCCUGGCUCUGGCAGACUAUGCUAUGAGACUCAGGGAACAGAUGAAGUACAUCAACGAACACUCCUUCAAUAACUUCCAGAUGAAGAUAGGUCUCAACAUGGGUCCGGUGGUGGCAGGGGUGAUUGGGGCCAAGAAGCCCCAGUAUGACAUCUGGGGGAACACUGUCAACGUGGCCAGUCGUAUGGACAGCACAGGAGUCCCAGACUGCAUACAGGUGACCACAGACCUGUACCAUGUCCUGGUAAACAAAGGCUACCAGCUGGACCACAGAGGCCUGGUCAAGGUGAAGGGGAAAGGAGAGAUGACCACCUACUUCCUGACCAGCGGUCCCAAUGGUACCAAGGGGAGUUAACGGAUGGCCACGGGACUACCGCUGGCUGCUAAUACAUGAAGAGGAGAGAGAUGGAGAGGGAGAGAGAGCGGGAGAGGGGGGAGUGAGUGUGUAAGAAAAGAGAGCGAGAGGAGGGAGAGAGAUGAGAAAAAGGAAACAGUUCAAAGCCUUGAAGGAAAUGUGUGUGUGUUUGUGUGUGUGUGUGUGUGUGUGUGUGCAAUCAUGUAUUCUUAUACACACUACUUUAGGUUUGGGUCUCAAAUGGCUCCCUGUAUAGGCCUUAGGGCCCUGGUUAAAAUGAGUGCACUGUAUAGGGAAUACAGUGCCAAAUGUGACGCAAACCAGGUAUUUUGUUCUCACUUCAAGGCUUUUGACACGAAGCUACUUGAAAGAUAUAAUGAGUGAAUUAUAGUGAAGACCUAUUGCCUUAGAAGGAAAUUACUGAACAAAAGGCUAUAUUUGUUUUGUUGUGAGCUACACAACAAAUACUUCACAUCCGGAGCUAUUAUUUAUUUUUCACUGAAAUGGAAGGAUUUUUUUGUUGUCAUGAUGACCUUGUAACAAAAGCUACAUAUGUAUUAUAUGAAAUAUUCAAGGAUGAGAAGGAUGACAAUGACCAAAGAACAAAUGUUUUAUUAUGAGGGACUGACUCUACACACAUCAACCUAUUUCUGUUUGAAAUGACUGCAGAAGGAACAACUGAAAUGACUGCGGAUCGAACAACCGCAAACCUGUUGUUUUUUUCAGCUUUUUCUUUCUUAGUCACUUUUGACAACAAGGGCCACGGAAAACAACGUCAUUGUCUUUGAUAGCGGCGAAUACAUUAUUGUUUUUGACUUUGAUAUGCUUGCUAAUACGUAAAGAGAGCUGAGACAUCUUGUAUUUGAUUGUGCACUGUGAACGAAGACAGACCACACACACGCAGAGCAGCCUUGGACUGGAUUUCUGUGUUCCUUUCAGGGCCUCUAUUGUGUGCAGGCUAAUUCUAAUCCACAUAAGGGUGUGGUUUCUCUUUCCUAUGUAUCAUCAAUGACAUUCCCUCUCUAGAUGUAUUUUUUUUUGUUGGUACAAGCCAAAACAGAAACAUUAGUGACGGACAGACAAAUAACUGCAUCGCUACCAUGGUACCGGAGUGAGUGUUUUCAUUGCUGUGAGAUGUUUUAUAUGAAAUAAGUGUGUGCGUGUGAGGCUAAGUGUAUGCUGUUCUUUAUCUUUAAAGGGGCAUAAUUUUUCACUGUGAGGUUUUUAAAGAUUCUGUAUGACAAGUGGGUUUGCAUCCCAAAUGGCACCCUAUUCCCUCUGUAGUGCACUACUUUUGACCAGAGCCCUAUGGGCCCUGGUCAAAAGUAGUGCACUACAGAGGGAAUAGGGUGCCAUUUUAGACGCAGGCGUGCCAAAUUGACGCUGCAAGGCUUACGCGUGUAGUUUUUAUAUGUUAUACUUUGGAGUUGUGUGUUCAUUCCUGAUUUUAUGUUUGUUGAUUUUAUUUAAAUCACCUUUACUUCAGCCCUUUUAUUUUACUGUGAAUAUGAUCACAAUUCCAUUCCAACCAUUCAUGUCUAAAAACCCACAAAUUGAUUUUGGAUUGUGUUUAAAGGAGGUGGUUAUCCACACACGGUGGGCCUACAGUACAACAUGCACAGGAGAAUACACAAAAGUGAUCUGGUUGAACACUAGCUGUUAACUUGAAAUAAGAGGUACAUAUAAUGGCAGUAUCUGUACUCCAUAGUAUUUGACACCAUCCGAUAGUAUUGGUAUUUGGCACAUAGAUGCUCUUUACCCCCCAAAGGAGUAGUUGAAACUCAUCUUAUGAAUGUACAAAAUAUACUGUAUGUCUAUGGUGAAACUACUACUUAUUAUUAUUUUUGUGGUACAAACAUCAUCUGGCUUGUAUUGAAAGAAAUGACCAGAAAACUAGUUUUAAUGGUGCCAAUACAGGCUCCCAGGGAGUAGGUUACAGAAUGUAGGCCCUACCGUGGUGACUUGUGGUCUCUGGCUAUCUAUCUUCUUCCAUCGACCUAUGUCAUGUUCAUUAGGAACGGAAGAAAAUAAGUGAAACAGGGAGGUACUACAGUACCUGAACUUGUCAAAUAAGAAAUGCCUUGUUUAGGUUUUUCGUGGCAAAACGGAUUCCUACUGUGAACACGAGCCUAAUGAACACGAGCGAGCCUGCUGAUCCUGAGCAACCUGUGUGUAGGAAGGAAUGGAUCUCUGAUUGAAGUUGUUUUUUUCAUUUGUUUUCAUCCUUUUCCCAUUAGUUUCUUACUGUAUUUGAGUUGAAAGGCCAACAAAAUACUGUUUGUUUGUUUUUCCAUUCCAAAAAUAACAAUAUAGCAGAAUUGAAUAAAUUAAAUGGUUUGAUUUCCCCUUAAAACGAAAUCAAUACAUUACUGUUUUGUGUUAUUGAUGAUCAUUUAUUUAUUAUAAUGUUACUAUGCAGUGUCUUCCCCUAAUCAAUGUGCAAUCUAGGCCUGUGUUUUUUUUCUGCUGUUUCAUUGCAAUGCACAUUUUAUUAAAAUAAUAUGUUGGAUACGC